AGUCGAUUCACUAUACCCCUUAUUGUUCCAGUCGCCAUUUCCUGUCGGUACCGUCCCAUCUGAUGUGCGCUACGCCCGACUUGCCCCACGACGCCAGUCUGUCCCUGGUCCCGAGCAUUAAUACCCAACUAUAAGACGCGAAGUGUUGCGAGUGCAAUAUGAUGGAGGCACUGUCACCGCGAUCCACCAACCAAGUGAUCAAACCGAAGGUGUCGAUGGAGCGCAAAGUGUUGGAUAAGAAUGCCGCCGCUGCCGCUGCCGCCCAGAAAGCAUCCUCGUCGAAGAACCAUGCGCCACCACCGCCGUCGUUAGUCGUUGAGCCCGAGGAGGAUGGAGAGCAAUACUCGACCGGUGGGUUCCUGGGGAAGGGAGGCUUUGCGAUCUGUUAUGAGGGAACGCUGCUGCGGAAUGGCCGCGUCUUCGCUAUGAAAGUAGUACGGUCCGAAAUGGCCCAGAAGAAGAUGCAGGAGAAGUUCCGAACAGAGCUCCAGAUUCACUCGAAAAUGCGCCACCCACACAUCGUCGAGUUUCAUCGCGCAUUUGCCUUCGAUAGCUGCAUAUAUGUCAUCCUGGAAUUGUGCCCCAAUGGGUCGGUGAUGGAUAUGGUCCGGAAGAGGAAAUGCUUGAGUUUACCCGAGGUCCGACGCUUCAUGAUCCAGCUUUGUGGUGCGGUGAAAUACCUGCACAAGCGCAAUGUUGCGCAUCGAGACCUGAAGAUGGGGAACCUUUUCCUCGACAAGAACAUGGAUAUCAAGGUCGGCGAUUUCGGCCUGGCGGCUAUGAUUGUGUCGGAAAAGGAUGAGAAGCGGAGGAGAACACUAUGCGGCACACCCAACUAUAUUGCGCCGGAGGUCCUUGAUCGGAGCAAGGGCGGACACACACAAAAGGUGGACAUCUGGUCUUUAGGUGUCAUUUGCUUCGCUAUGCUUACAGGCUACCCGCCAUUCCAGUCGAAAACGCAAGAGGAGAUUUACAAAAAAGUUAGAAACCUGACAUAUGUGUGGCCCAAGGGCUCUGAGUGCGCCAAUCACAUUCCCGAAGAAGCCAAGUCCCUGGUCAGCUCAUGUCUGAAUUUGUCGGAAGAUGAGCGCCCGGAACCAGACGACAUGGUCGAGCACCCAUUCUUCAGCAUGCCUGUCUGGCUGAAACCGGAUGAGCCUCGUGGGGAUCGCAUGAUGAUGGGCUAUAGCUUAGAGUACGACGAUAAACUUUCCGGAUACAUUGAACACGUCGACGACCCCAGCCAGCGAUAUGCCAUAUGCAAGGCCGCAUUCUACACGCUAUGUGGAGUGGGCAGAAAGCCUGAUGGUUCUGCCCGCAAGGCCGCUGGCAGAAACUGCUCGAAGUCCGCUUACGCGGAGUGUCUGAUCGAGGAGGAAAGAGGCUUCCAGCCGGUCAUCCCGUUGCCAGAGGAUAUUGUAUACAAAUAUCCCAACAUUCCAGACGGGGACUGGAGUGAUCCGGUAUCUGCUCUCUUGGCUCGAAAAGAUGGUUCCUCAUUCGAAGACAGUGUGCUGUCCAGGAAAAGCAGUGGAUCCAUUCGUAGUAACGCAGCUUCGAUCACCCGGACACAAGCGGCACUGGCUGCCGCCCAGCAGCGACGGAAAGAGUCUCAGAGCCACGCGGCGACGCUUCGGCAGCAGGCUGCCACUGGCAGAGGAUCUGUCAGGAAGAUCCCCGCGAUCUGCGAUCCCGUGGCCCCAGCCGCAAGGGUUGUGUCCGACGGAAGAAACGCAGAUUCUAAUGUUGCAGCUGCAGCAGCGGCCAUUCCAACAGGCGGACUGGCUGAACGCCCGAUUCGCGCACGGCGCGGGGUGGCGGCAUCUUAUUCUGGCUCACUGCGCGACUUGGAUCGCAACAUUCCACCACAAGCGGUGUCAAGCAAUGAGCUCGGGAUACUGACAAUUGGCAAGACGCGGUCACAGUCUCGUAGACUGGAGGCUGCUAGUCAAGAAAGCACUCAAACCGUGCCGGCUGUCAAAGAGCGAUCUGCGUCAACUGGGAUAGAUAAAAAGCCUGUGAAGGCACGCCAGCCUUCACUCCGCUCAGCACCAAAACCGGAGCCUCCAGAAGCACCGAAACAGGAGCCGGAACCUAAGGACCCGUAUGGUGAAGUGUUGACUAAAGAGCGACAUCUCGUGCGGUCCGAUACACAGUCCUCGCAGUCGACUAGCAGUUCCAGUACCAAGGCGAGUACCUCGUCUGGCAGCAAACCACGAUCAACUUUAGGAAUCCACCCGCUCUUCCACUCAAAUGACCCCUGUGUGAUUCUCCCAAGGACAUCACUGGAAGAUGUGAAUACGGACUUGCGGCACAUGCUAGCUAACAUGGUACCGCAUUCGGCGGCUCGGAGAAGGGCCGGGCUGCGCCGAGCGCCCCAUUCGUAUGUGAUCAAGUGGGUCGACUACACUAACCGAUACGGCAUUGGGUAUGUGCUGGACGAUGGCAGUGUUGGGUGCCUAUUCAAGGCGGAGCACAGCCAGCAAGCGAGCGGCGUGGUGGUGCGGGACGGCGAAAGGCACAUCCGGCGCAAAGCCCACAGUCAAGAGGGUGGGAGCUACGUCUACCCGGAGGCUGAUCAGCUGGUUCCACGACACGGGAAGUCGGUUGAAUUCUAUGAGAAUUGUGACACGAGCUUUACGGAGUGCCGCGGUGGCAUUCGAAAGGCUCUCAUCCCGCCCUCAUUGUUCGAAGUCAAGAGUUCCUCCAGUGGCUCGUCGGGGUCUGGUAUCAAAGUCCGCACCAACUCAGGCAUUGAUUGUGCGCGUGCUGAUGCAGAGAAGAUCAAACGUGUCAAGCUGGUUGACCAGUUUGGAAAGUACAUGAUCGGAUCGCUUGGGAGACAUGGCGACGAGACUCUCGUCGAGGAUGAGUUGGUCUCCGGUAGCCCCGAUCAAUUCAUCAAGUUCUACCAGCGACUGGGCAAUGUGGGUGUCUGGGGAUUCGGAGACGGAGCAUUCCAGUUCAACUUCCCGGAUCACACCAAACUGGUCAUCUCCCCGGGCCGCACGAGAAGUUCGUCGCCGUGGGUUGACUUCUAUCACCUCUCCCCGUCGGCUGCACGGUACCUAAGCGCGAAAGGCCGGAUGCACCCGUCUGGAUUCGACACACGAGCCGUGGCCUCGGACGAAGUGUCCACGUUCCUCGGACUCGCCUAUGGUCACGUCGCCAGCACGGUGGACGAGCGCAUCCGCGACGUCCUAGACGCGAACUCAUUCCUGCAGAAGAUCAUCUUCAUCAAAGACGUCAUGAAGGGGUGGAUCAAGCAGGGCCGGCUGGGAGGGUGGCCCGCCUCGCCCGACAGUCUCAGCGCGCUUGAAAUCUUCUGGGAGGGCUCCCAGGAGCGAGUCCACUCCGGCAGCAGCGGCAGCAAGUUCGUCUGGGUCACCGUGGGCGCUCCAGGCGGAGAUGGGCCCUACCGAUCUAUCUCCUUGAAGGAUAAAAAGCCGGAGGGAGAGUCCUCCGACGAGGAGGUCGAAGCCUUAAGGGAGCGACUGCGCAUGCUGGGGGGACCCUUCUAGGGAGGGCGGCCGCAAUCGGCCAUUUUGACGACUUCAUGAAAAUCAUCUCGCUCGUUUUUUCUUUCCUUUGUGUUAUCGGGUCCAGGCUUGCAUAGUGCAUAUUCAUUAUCUCUGGUACUGUUCUGUCUUUCUGGGUUAUACUCAUUCCAAGCGUUGCUCUUCUUGCAUGCAUGGGCU